CUUCUAAGCCUGCGGGUACCUGCUCACUGGAGUGCUCUUAACAAAUCAGUACCUAGAUACAUAUAAAGUGCGAAUUGGCGUUUCCCUAAGAAAAUAUCCACUGUGACAUCAUAUUAUUCUUAUUCUAAUCCCAUCGCGCCGCGCUCUUGUCACACAUCCAUUGAACAUUUUCAACUUCCGGGUGGAACAUUAUUUCAACCAAUCUUGACCAUUGCCAUCUUCUCUCCAUUCAUCUCGUUCAUUGAAAGACGAUGGAUCCGUCGUCAGACCCAAAUAUCUCUCACGAGACGGCCGAUGCUGGCAUCGCGUCGCGACCUCGAACUCAGAGCUUGUCGCAACAGUCCGACAACUCCCAGACUGCCGCCGACUUUAUUAGAGAUCAGCUGCAGCUAGAAGCCGAUGCCCGCGAAGCCCUUCCAUACAGCAUCGAAAACUGCACCAAGCCACUUGGAUCGUUGCGACAAAAUGUUUUCGCCUGUUUAACUUGCAAUCCGCCCCCCGCGAAUGCUUCCGAUCCUUACAAUCCUGCUGGGGUGUGUUAUUCAUGUUCCGUUCAAUGCCAUGGAGAACACGAAUUAGUCGAGAUCUUCCAGAAACGCAAUUUCACCUGCGACUGUGGAACGACGCGAUUCAGUCCCGAACAGAAAUGCAGUCUUCGAUUAAACCCGGAAACUAACACGAAAGGUGGCGUGCACUCCGAGCAGCCUGAUCCCAAUAACAAGUAUAACCAGAACUUCCGCAACCGAUUUUGCUCAUGUUCCAUCGAUUACAAGCCUCAUGAACAGAAGGGUACCAUGUUCCAGUGCUUAGGUCUUGGCACACACGAAACCGGCGGCUGUGGCGAAGAUUGGUAUCAUCCUGGUUGUCUCGUCGGCCUAGGACCCAGAUGGUAUGAGAAGCAGGCAGAGCGUGCCUCGAAUAAACGUGUCAACGGCGAUACCAACGGCAAUGGCACAUUACCCACUAUCUCCGAAGACACGACGCCACAAGAUGGCGCAAACGGGCAAGUCAAUGGCAAUCAAGGAGGUGACGAGGAUGGUAAUGAUGAUGACGACGAUGAUGAUGAUGCGCCUCUACCAGAAGGAUUUCCUGCUGAGGAGGCGUUCGACCAUUUCCUCUGCUAUAAGUGCGUUGAGGCCCAUCCGUGGAUUAAGAGAUACGCCGGCACACCUGGAUUUCUGCCAGCUGUAUUCUUCCAAAAGGAGGGAGAGGUGACGGCGCCUAAGAAACGUAAAUUAGAUGAUGACGAGUCAAGCGAGAGUAGCGAACGUAGCAAGCGCAUUAAGAAUGAGUCCGAGGCGACUACUGAGGUUGAGAUUGUUCCACCCGUUCCUGAAACAAACGGCGCCACCUCUCAGGUCAAGGAAGAAGACGAGAAGAAGAAAGAGCAAAUCGGACCUACUGAGGAAUGCAAGCUAGUAUCCUUACCCCCAGCACCAGCCGGUAAAUUUUCACUAUUUGCUACUUCCGACUUUCGCGACCGCUUCUGUCGAUGCGCCUCGUGUUUUCCGGACCUCAAACUCCACCCACAACUCUUGGAGGAGGAGGAAGCGUAUGAACCUCCCCUUUCAGAACCUGGAUCCGAGGGCGGCUCGACCCAUGGUAGCGGCUCGUUGUAUGACCGUGGCGAAUCUGCGCUGAGAAACGUGGAUCGCGUGCGUGCGAUAGAGGGUGUGAUGGCGUACAAUCAUCUCAAAGAACGUCUCAAGCCUUUCUUCCAGCAAUUUGCUGAGAGCGGCAAAGCUAUCGGCGCAGAGGAUAUUAAGGAGUACUUUGCAAAGCUUAGAGGAGAUGAACAAGCUAUCAAAGACGCAGGCGAGGCUGCGAGAGAGGAUCACAGACAAGAACAGAGCGGCUACUGAAUAUCUGGAUAAGAUGGGAUGGUAUUCCAGGGGGUAUUCAUUGGUAUCUCAAUUUCUAUUCCAGUGGGCGCUCGUUCAAAGUUAAGGGUCAACUAAUAUAAUAGGUCAUCUAGUCGGUAAUAAUCGGAUGUAUUCACAUGAUUUUCCUAGGUGUGCCCAUUCUUUAGGUCCCUGAAAAUAAUAAUUGAAG